AUGGCUGGGAGUGAGGAGAAGGGGGAAGAGGGCGGACCCGUGGAGCUGCCUCCCCCUCCUCAUGCGCCCCUGCAGCACCAUUCCCAGGAGGUCACCCCUGAGGAGCCUGGGGACAAGGCUGGCCUCCAGCAGCUGCAGCUCAAGCUGCGUCGCCAAGAGGACAAGGAGGAGGACGAGGAGGAUGAGGAAGACGAGGAAGAGGAGCCUGUGGAGGGUCAGUUUGAUGGAGUGUUGGAUGAAGACACUGUGGCUGAGGGCCUCCACAAUCUGGGGCGCUCGGCCCCUGGUAUUGACUACGUUUAUCUUAAUCUGACGCUUCCAGGUCAUAACUUAAGUGACAUUAACAUUCUCUCCAGAUACAUUUACCUACAGAAGUUGGAACUUUCAUAUAAUAAAAUUAAUGAUCUUUCUUGUAUCAGUCACAUGCCUUACUUACUGGAACUCAAUGCCUCCAACAAUGAAUUGACUACAUAUUUUGUUUUUAAGCCACCUAAAAAUCUCAAGGAAGUAGAUUUUUCAUGCAAUCAGAUUCCUAAAAUGCAAGAUUUAUUAGCGUAUCAGUCACUUACUAAACUCUUACUGGACUUUAAUAACAUAGAGGAGAUAAGAGGACUAGAGAAGUGUCAUAGUCUGAUUCAUCUUAGUUUGUCACACAACAGACUCACUGCAAUCAGUGGCCUUGAAAACUUACCUAUCAAAAUUCUGAAUUUGAGUUCUAACCAUAUUCAGAAGAUAACUGGUUUGGAAAGCUUGAAAACUCUACAGAAUCUGGACCUAUCUAGCAAUAAAAUAACCAGUUUAGAAGGCUUAGAGGGACAUGAUCUACUAGAGGUGAUCAACCUAGAGCAUAAUCAGAUUGCUGAGCUGAGUGAGCUUGAAUGUAUUGAAGAUCUGCCUCUCCUCAGAGUUCUAAAUCUGUUAAAAAAUCCUGUACAGAAGCAAACAGAUUAUUGGCUCUUGGUGAUUUUCACGUUGCUCCAACUAACAGAACUGGACUGCAAGAAGAUUUCAGUGGAAGAAAAGGUUGCUGCUGUGAAUAAAUAUGAUCCGCCUCCAGAAGUUGUUGCUGCUAAAGAUCAUAUGACGCAUAUUAUGUAUAGCAUGAUGCAGCCCCAGAGGAUCUUUGACAGCACUUUACCUAGUCUGGAUGCUCCUUACCCCAUGCUGGUAUUAGUUGGCCCUCUUGCUUGCGGUAAGAGAGAGCUUACACAUAAGAUCUGCAGACAGUACAACAAUUUCUUCAGAUACGGUCCCUGUCACACCACCAGGGCAGCUUACUUUGGUGAAGAAAACAGACUUGAUUACUAUUUCAUUUCUCAAGAAGCAUUUGACAAAAUGUUGAACAUGGGGAAAUUUGUAGCAACCUUUAAAUACAGUGGCUAUUACUAUGGACUUGGAAGAGACACUAUUGAAUCAAUUGCCAGAGAGGGUCUUGCAACCUGUGUUCACUUAGAAAUAGAGGGUGUACGUAGUUUGAAAAAUACCUACUUUGAGCCCAGAUAUAUCCUGUUAGUACCAAUGAACAAAGAAAAAUAUGAGGGACAUCUGCGGAGAAAGGGAUUAUUCAGCAGGCCAGAGAUUGAAGAGGCAGUCUCCCGAGUGGAUAUGUACAUCAAAAUUAAUCAGAAUUUUCCAGGAUACUUUGAUGCAGUAAUUAACACAGAUGAAUUGGAUGAGGCAUUCACAGAGCUGAGUUUCCUCAUAAAGGAAUACCUGGGGCUGGAGCCACCUGCAGUUUUUGAUAGCGUUCAGGACUUGAAUAGCCAAACAGGUACUGGUUCAAGAAUGCGAUUCUUACAAAAUCAAAGGUUGUCACCCAGUGGAGUAAUUGCUAGAAGUACUCAGUCUUCAUCCUUUAAUGAAUUCGUGGACUCUUCCGCCAAAACCUAUUCAGCAAGCAUCUCAGAUAGAUUUGCUCCACAACUAGUUCCUGUGGAGGAAGCUUCUCUGCAGAGGCGUCAUUCUGCAGCACAUCAGGCUUUGUCAGGGAAGGCACCUAGCGCAUACGUCCAGCUGUUUCAAAGGGACUUGGCAGUCACUCCUGCCCCAGGCAGCUCCCAUCAACAAUUACUGGAGCCAACAGCGCAUGCUUCUUUGCCCUCAGGUGGAGGGAAUGUCACCCAAGAACAGAGCUUCCCCCCUGCUCACCCUGAGAGCCGAAAGAGUAAACUAAAAAAAACGAUCAAGGGUGACAGAGAAUCUGGUCCUGCUAGUGGAGUAUUUCUAAUCUCCUCAUCUGGUGCAGCUGCUACUGAAGGUUUGCCUGUUCGGACCCCUCUUCCCCAUGCUCGGCUCACUGAAGAAGACAGAGUUGAGCAUCAAGAUCCAAGAGGAGCUGAAAACGAUGUGGACAGAUUGAAAGAGACUGAACUCCCUAGUGACAAUCUUCAGAGAAAAUCCAGCAAGUCCAAGUCUGGUUCUUCUCGUGCGCCUCAACUCACCAACCGGCCAGGCUCCAACUCCAAACCUGUCCUACCUCCAAUCCCAUCUGGGCGGAAGAGGACCAACCCUUGAUGGCUGCUACUAGCCGGCCUUUGUCUUGAUCGUGCUGAAUCUUUCUGUCUAGCAGGAAUACUGAUUUUGAUAUAAUUUCUCCUCAACAAAGAAAAGUCUGUCAAAGAUUAUUUCUAAAUCCAUUUCUGAUUAACUCUGAAUAGCUCUUCCCUCUCCAAAAAAAAAGUUAUUUAUUUAUAACUUUAUUAAAAAGUAAUUUUUGCGUUUCCCAAAGCUAGAAAUUAUUUCCCCAGGCACUCUCAGCUGGGAAAUGGCAUAGAAUUUUUCCUGACAGCCAUAUGACCAUAUCUUUCAUUAAUUUCUUUUUUUCGUCUCCCUCCCAUUUCACAGAUUUAAUUGAGGUGUGGAAGUAUGAUGGCCUCUGAUAAUAUUGUCUAUAUUGCAAGACUAGUGAAUUAUUCUGAAGAGGGAUUCUGUGAAAUGUUCACAGUUAAAUUGAAAGUAAAAACUGCUUCCAAAACCUUUUUAUAAGUGUAGUUUUUGAAGAUAUGAGACAUAAUUCUUUGAUUUGGUCAUGUAUUUAAACAAUCUAGUAAGGAACCAUCAGAAAAAAUACUAGUUACUGAGAACUAGCUGAAGCUGUAAGUACUCUGUGAAGAUUUGUUUUUCUGUAUGUAGAGCAGAACUCUGACAAGUAAAUAAAACUCUUGAAUUGA